AUGGCAAAAAGCAUGCCAGGGUCUGCAUGGCCAAUAUUGGGAAUAAUCCCCGAAUCUUUAGAUGAUACACCAUUUAUAAUAGGUGUGUUUUAUGACAGAAAGAAGUUCACUGUUCACAAUAUAGAAGAUUAUCUUGGAGACUUAGUCAAAGACCCACAUGAACUACUUGUCACUGGAGUUUAUGUGAAACGUGAACAGUAUAUUUAUGACCUAGUUGGCCCAAUUGUGUGUGAUCGACCAGCAACAAGAGCUAUUAAGUGCAUUGUUGACUUCAGCUCUAAAUUUGGAUGUGAUAAAUGUGACAAGAGGAAUUUGGAUUAG